CCCGCUCAACCUGCCAGUCGACUAAAGCCCCUCCCUGCUCUCUCAGCCCAACUUCUUAUUUCCUGCUGUGGCUCCAACAAAAUCCUCUUCUCGCACGGGUCUCUGGUUCCGCCACCUUCUGUCCCGCUCCUUGUAUUUGCACCAUGAGCGGUAAGCUAUGGACAGAGGAGCAGUUCAACUGCCCCGUGUGUCUGGACCUCCCCAACGAUCCGGUCACCAUCCCCUGCGGGCACAGCUACUGCAUGGCCUGCAUCAAAGACUUCUGGAGCAAGGAUGAAGCCAAGGGCAUCGUCAGUUGCCCACAGUGCCGCCAGACCUUCUGCCCUCGGCCCUCUCUCUCUAGAAACACCAUGCUGGCUGAAGCGGUGGAGCAACUCCGCAAAGGAACCCCCAGGUCUGAGGUGUACCAAAGCAUACGAGGGGCGUUAAAAUCCAAAAAGACUCUUCCCUCCUCGGCCGUGCAGUGCGACCUCUGUAAAGGAGAACAGAGGGCAGCGGUCAAGACCUGCCUGGUGUGCAUGAGCUCGUACUGCGACACCCACCUGAAGCAGCACCAGACGACCAAGGCCCUGAGGGACCACGAGCUGAUAGCGCCGACAGGAAACUUGGCCGAGAAGAUCUGCACGCAGCACAAAUACCUCCAGGAGUUUUUCUGUCGCCAGUGCAAGGUGUUCAUCUGUUGGCUUUGCACUAGCAACCAGCACAAAGGCCACGAGAGCGUGUCCACCAAGGCUGAGCGCAUGGAGAAACAGAAAGUGCUGACUGAAAUGAUGGCAGAAAAUCAGCAGAAGCUCAAAGAGAGACAGCAGGAGCUGAAGGACAUGAAGAAGAUGAUGGACGGCAUGAAGCGCUCCACAGACCGCGUCCACAGCGACUCCGAGAAGGUGCUGCUGGAGCUGCAGCGAUCAGUGGAGAGACUGCAGGAGCUGUUGGAGGAGGUGCUGGAGGAGGUCGGCCGGGAGAAGAUGGGCCAGGCUCAGGAGGUGACGGAGAGCCUCGAGGCAGAGAUUAAGGAGCUGAAGAAGAGGGACAUUCAGAUGAAGGACCUCACUCAAUGCGAAGACCACAUCUACUACCUGCAGACGUGUGAGAGCAUGUGCAGUCCACUGGAAUCGGGAGACCUUCCAGCUGUGCAGGUAAACCAUGAAGCUUCCUUUGAGCCUGUCAGGGAUGCCAUCCUGGAUCUGAGGGAUCGAGUGGAGGAGCUCUGCAACCAGGAGCUCAGCAGGAUUAACAAAAAAGUCAAUGAGACAACUUUAUUCACACUGGGCAAUGCCCAUCGCAAUACCAGAGGCGGCCUUUUGAAAUUGUUUUCUGCAUUGGGGCCACGGAACUCGAACAAUCGCUCUGCAGGCUCUUCCCCAAGCAUCUCGGUGACAUCACGGAACGCAGAAAGACGAGGACUGGGCAUCCGGGGGCCAGACGUGAGGAGCAGGGACACGCCGAGAGAGGUCGCACCGAGGUCACCAAGACUGUGGGGCCGACAGAGGCGAGACGAGCAAGAGUCGGCAGUGAAGGAGGACAACCUUCGACUCACCCCGAGACCCAGCCCGACUCCAAGCAGGAGAGAGUCCCCAUCCCUGUGGAGUCGGUCCAGUCAGAGUCAGGAUGUCUCUUCUAUGCCUUCUCAAACUCCAGUCAGCCCGAAUGGGACUCUUGCACCAGUUUCUUCUCUGGCUCCUCCACCAGCUUCCACUGGAGCUUUUAGUCGGAUGGCAUCCAUCAGCAGCAUUUUCCGCUCCCGCCGUGGCAACGGGCAUGUCACCACCACGCCAUCUGCAGGGGGGAUGCCGACUCUUUCUGAAACACCGACACAGGUCAACCCCAGUCUGUUCUUGGACACGCCCACAACCACAAAUCAUGCUCCCGCUUUCCCCGCACUGAGGGAGAUCAACAUCGACAGCAUCCAGGCUGCAGAACCGAGAACAAGAGAGGAGUUCCUACAAUACUCCGUCAACUUCACCCUUGACCCCAACUCCGCCCACCGGCGUCUGGUUCUCUCCGAAGGCAACACCAAAGCCACCCUGCAGGCGGCGGUGGAGCCCUACCCGGACACCCCUCAGCGUUUUGAUGGCUGGACUCAGGUGAUGUGCGGCAGCCCGCUGUAUUCCCAGCGCUCCUACUGGGAGGUGGAGUGGCGAGGCCGAGGCUCCUCGAUGGGUGUGGCGUACGGCGCGCUCAGCAGGAAGGGCACGGACGCCAGGGCCGGAAUGGGAUACAAUGCCCAGUCCUGGACCCUGGAGCUCUCAGACUCCUGCUGCUUAGCUUUGCAUGACAACGAGAAGAGAGACAUACCGGUGAUCUACUCCCCCCGUGUGGGGAUCUACGUGGACCUGUCAAUGGGAACGUUGGGGUUCUACGGCGUGGCUGAGAACAUGACACACCUUCAUACCUUCCGGGCAAACUUUACCCAGCCACUCUAUGCCGUCUUUGGGGUGGGGAGUGGCGUCGGAGUGGGUAUGGACUUUGCGCUUGGACAGUUCAACUCCACCUCAGACAGCAUCAAGCUGUGUCCCAUGUGAGGACACGUCAUGGGUGGAGACCAUGACUGAAGUUCAUACGAUACAUUUACAGUGGAAAAAAUUUAACUUUGUCCAGAAACAUGAGAGAAUGGAUAAUAAUAAGGAUUUUUGUUUGUUGACAUGGUUUUUUGUCAUUAGUGGACGUUUUUAAUUUGGAUUGCAUCUGCAAAAUAACCCGUCAUGGAGCCAAAUAAAGGUGCAAGUAGCAGCAAUUGGACAAAGGAGGUAUAAGACACCCCAUUCCAUCCCAUCCACCUUCGACGCUACUCACCUUCUACACGAACAACAGUCUUCAAUAAAAGUAAAAGUCAUGAUAAAUGCUCAUUCGUCCAUCUCAUUCACCAUUUUUGAAUUAUUUCCUGUUGUUUUCUGCAAUUAUUCUCUAUUAAAUGGAUUUUUAGCUCUGAUUUU